AUGAAUGAUUCUUAAAAGAUUGUUUAUAAUUUUGUCCAUCCAGACUGUUUAAUUGAUUUGACCUAUCAUUCUAGAAAAUGGAAUGAAAUAGAAAAUACCAAGGGAACUUAGAUUAAUGUAAAAUUUAUGAAAAUCUCAAUUCCUAGAAUGAUUUAAUUGUAUGAGCAAUUCUUUAAAUACAGUAAUUUACAAGCGUAAUUUUAUUCAGUUUUUGGAUUAUGAUUUGAAAAA